GGCAGUUGUGAUUAUGCCUAUGCCGCGAAGCGAGAGAUGGUGCGGUGUGAUAAACAGGUUGCAGCACGUCGGAGUUCGUUGCGAUUCCGUCCACGCUUGUGUGCGCCGUCGUACGAUUUAUUCGUCGGGUUUCUUCCGAUAUGUCGCUUUUUUAUCGCGUUUUACGGGCCGAUGCAAUUCGUUGAGAGGCGUUUCACCGCACCGACAGCACUUGCCCAUUCACAGAAUAAGCUUCCGAAGCGUUUUGUUGCAUGACACAAACAAGUGUAGGUAGUAAACAAGCAAGUGAUUUGUUUCCCCGGAAGCUAAAAUUGGAGCAGUCGAGAGUUGGGACAAAACGGCAGCGGGAGGCGAGAAUAGCGUUUUUUUUUUUUUUUUCUUGCGGUUGUUGGCUUCAUAAAACUCCCACAGACUCUUGUACAUGCCGUUAUAUCUCUUAGAACGUGAACUUAAUUCUGUUUCGACUGCGUCAAAAUAUCACUCAUGAGCUGCCGGCGAGAUCAGCUGGAAACGAAACUAAAGCUCAGCCUACGGAGCAAGGAAUUCCUCCAUUGCAUCUGCCAAAUGACUGACUCUGACUUGCCCACCAAUCCAACGCAAGUAAGCAGCCGAUCUGCACUCGGCUACUUGUCCGUUCUCGUAUGUGUUAUGUGUUUACUCGCGGUUUUCUCGUUCUCGUUUCGCCACUUUACAGUUCACGCUUUUUCCUGCAACCUCUUUCCUCCGUUGAGGCAAAGCUCACGGAUCCCGAAGCCUGUUUCAGACGAGCAUAUACUGCGCAGUCGGACGGUUAGCGGUGCGGAGUCGUCGUUCGGUUUCGUCCCAGGUGUAAUCGCACGGGUAACCGAGAGCGAUGUUUCUAAUCGGACUGACUGGAGGCAUCGCGUCCGGUAAGAGCACGGUCGCCAGCAUCUUGGUUUCUCUCGGAAUCGAUGUCAUAGACGCGGACAAGAUCGCCCGGGAAGUGGUCGAGCCCGGAAAGCCCGCCUGGGUCAAGAUUCGUCGCGAGUUCGGCUCCGAGGUGCUACUCAGCGAUGGCCAACUCAACCGCCCCGCGUUGGGCCGGAUCGUUUUCAACGAUCACGACAAGAGGCGGAGGCUGAACCACAUCACCCACCCGGAAAUACACAAGGAAAUGGCCUUCCAGAGCUUCAAGCUAUUCCUCAGGGGUCGCCAGUUCGUGGUAGUCGACGUGCCGCUGUUGUACGAGACCAAGACGAUGCUGCGCUUUAUGCGCAAGGUGAUCGUCGUGAAGUGCUCAUCCGCGCAGCAAAUUGAGCGGCUCAUGCUGAGGAACGGCUUCACCGAGGAAGAGGCGAGAAAGCGCAUCGACUCUCAGCUCCCAUUGGAGCAGAAGUGCGGCCUAGCCGAUUACGUCAUCGACAACACGGGCGAUGCGGGGGCGUUGCGUGCCCAGGUUGAAGACGUCGUUCGCCAGCUCAGAGGAUCGUGGGCGCAUUGGAAAGUGCGCGGCGCCGUACUGGUCCUUAUGGUGGGACUGUUAACGGGUGUCACGUGGUUGAUAACUCGCGUCUCUAGUGCACUAUAAUUUCAACCCUAUAACCUUGCCACGUAGUCUCACCCUCCGUGGACACUGCAACGUGCUUCUCGAAAGCUUCCGAAUCUUUCUGUACCUGACUGUAGUAGCGCUAGGACAACAUCACCAGGUUCCAUUGCAAUCCUUCAAAGCCUGAGGAAGUGAAUCACACAUGCUAACGCUUCGAAAUUUUUGGCAUAAGCAUAUACUACUGUAUGCCUUGGAAGCUUGGGAAAGAACUAUGCCCAUCUACUACUGACAUUGCAAGCUCUAGACAUUAAUCAAGUACUCAUAACAUGGAAACAUAAUCGUAAUGUUAAAUAAUAUAUUUCAGUAUUGGUACAAGGUGUAUAUACGCAGGCUUUUAUAGCAAAAAUAUUUUUGUAUUCAUGUACAAGUUGUGGUAUAAAGUGAUUAAUAUAUAUAUUAUCUGUGAU